GAUGUGCAGGUGUGCAUUCACAUAGCAAGGUGAGCUGCGAAUAUCUUGCCAGCCUGAUCAUUUCUUGCACAACUCUCUGGUCCUGUGCAGCCUGGCAGACCUUUUGCUUUUCCUUUCGCUGCUUGUUUCCAAACAUGCCUCCAGAGCAGAGCAUCUGAAGAGCUGUUUCCCCACGUACUGUUUCCUCAUGAGCUUCUGAAAGCAGCUCUCUCCAAGAAGAGGUGGUGACUGGCAGCGUGGUGGGAAUAAUGGCAAUGAGGACAUGGAUUGAGCCAGUGGUUGCGGGUUCCCAAGUGGCCAGUGCCUUCUACGACACAGCACUGUUGCUGGUAGUGAAGAACUACUACAACCAGACCAACAGCACUGCUCCCUCCCACGUCCUGGAAGAUGCUCAGCAGAAGGCUGUAUCUAAUUUUUAUAUCAUCUACAACCUAGUUCUGGGCCUGAGCCCGCUGGUGUCAGCCUAUGGCUUGUCCAAGCUGGGGGACAGGAUACAUAGGAAGAUCCCCAUCUGCUUCCCUCUUCUUGGUUAUUUGGGCUCCAAAACUCUCCUGCUCCUCCUGAUUCUGCUGGGCUGGCCUGUGGAGGUGAUGUAUGGGGCUGCUGCCUUCAAUGGGCUGACAGGAGGCUUCACCACACUUUGGGCAGGCAUCAUGGCUCUGGGAUCCCUGGGGUCCUCUGAAAGCAAGAGGUCUCUGCGGCUCAUCAUUAUUGAACUGGUGUACGGCCUCGCUGGCUUUUUGGGAAGCAUGGCAUCUGGCUACCUCUUUGUUGGCUUCAAUGACCGCUAUCGAGAAGGCACCGUGCUGGUGUGCUGCAGCAUUGCUUGCUAUGGCUUCUGUCUCCUCUACAGCAUUUUUGUCCUCACAGUCCCCAAGCCAGCAGGUUCCUGCCCAGCCAAAGCCAAGAGUGCAGGGGAGGUGGGUGAUCAGCUACCAGAAGCAGCAAUUGCAGGCAGUUCCCAACCUUCAGAGGACAGCAUCUCCACUCCAGUAUCACCCUCAAAACUGAUCAUCAUCCUGCUGUUUGUGGCAGCAAUCCUCUAUGACCUUGCUGUGGUUGGUGCAAUGAAUGUACUCCCACUGUUCUUGCUCAGGGAACCAUUAAGUUGGAAUGCUGUGGAGAUCGGCCAUGGCAAUGCUGCUGGGUACGUGAUCUUCAUUACCAGUUUCCUAGGGGUACUCGUGUUCUCCAGAUACCUGAGGGACAUUACCAUGAUCAUGAUUGGAGUAGCAUCAUUCAGCGCUGGCAUUCUCAUCAUGGCCUUCGUGCAGUGGACGUUCCUGUUCUACAUUGCACGGGCAGUGAUGCUCUUUGCCCUCAUCCCCUUACCAACCAUCAGGUCCAUGUUGUCCAAGCAUGUUGAGGGAUCAUCCUACGGUAAGGUGUUUGUCCUGCUGCAGCUGUCUUUAGUCACCACGGGAGUAGUGACAUCUACAGUCUACAACAAGAUCUACCAAAACACACUGGACUGGUACAGCGGCUUCUGCUUCAUUUUGUCCUUUCUAGUUGGCUGCCUGAGUCUCAUCCCUUUAAGCUUUGUGGCCAUCAAACAACGGUCAACCACUGGCUCCCUUGAGAUUCUGACUGAGUAACAGAGGCAUCUUCUCAUUGUUAUCAUUAGUCCCUACGGUUACCAACACAACAGGACACAUAGUAUUUGUUUUUCCAUUUCACAGCAUGCCACAACCUCUUGGCCACUUGGCUUGCCCAGGAAGAGAUGUUUGCCUUGUUAUUUCUGCAGCACGCACCCCAUCCUGCAGCACAUGUACAUUGGCUAUUGCACACCAGCAGUCCUUAGAGCAUUCUGCUAGGCUGGUUAGCAAUACCAAAGAGGGACAAGAAUAUAGGCUAUAAAUGAAAAUGGCAUUUCUAGACACAUCAUUCAGGGUGGAAGUGUAAAGCAGAGGAUCAGUUUUCCAUUAGUUCCUUCUUGUCUGUUAGUUUAGAAAUCUUAUGGCAGUUGUGUGACUUUGGCUGAGGAAACAGGGCUGCAAGCCACAUGCCAUGUGCACAGGGCCAUCAGCAGGAUACGCCAGCUCUCCACCUCCUAUAGAUGCUAUCAGCCCAGCCAAUUAAUGUUACAUAGAAGACCAUUAAAUAGAGAAAUACCACAGCAAAAAUAUGUAAGAUUAACAGAACUUUAGUAAUCCCUACAAUAAAACACCCCUGAACAGAUGUUCGUGACCCUGAUUUCCGGGAGAUUGUCCCACUGUCCCUGGACAGUCCUUAACAGAGCUCAUGCAAGGACUAAGAGCUAAUGCUGGUGUUUCAGCUCACACCACCACGAUGUGCUACUCCUGUAACGGGUUAUGAACAGGUAAGUGCAGCACACAGCUCCUACAGGAUUUAUGGAGGUAUAGGGACACUGAUACUACGUAAUAGUUACCACGCUACC